GCUCUGGUUCCGACCUUACAGUACUCAAGCUGGUCCUAAAAGCUGAAGCAAACCUACAAACUUCCCCCACGAUCACAUCCAGGAUGACGGCACCCCUUUUCUCCCGUGGACUCCUCUUGCUAGUAGGCCUGUGCUGUCUGCUUCCCAUAACCAAGACUAAAUAUGAAAAACUCUCUGAAGACCCAAACAUUGAUCCCUUCCAGUGCCGGAAGGUGGCUCUUACCAUCUGCAAUGUCUCCAUCACCUUGUUCAAAGAGAUGGCCCAACUGUCAGCAAAUGGAAAUAUUUUAUUCUCCCCUAUUAGAGUCAUUGCUGCCAUUUCAAUGCUGUCUCUGGGAGCCAGUGGAAACUUAAGCAAACACAUCCUGGAGGCCCUAAGGUUCAACAAAACAGGCUUGCCUGAACCUGAAAUCCACAAGUGUUUCUGGUAUCUGCUCCGUGCCAUCCACCAGCCUGAAGAGCUAUCACCACUAAAAAGUGGUAGCAGUGUGUUCAUCCACCAGGACCUGACACCAGUAGACAAAUUUGUGAAAGGAGUCAAGGACCUAUACCACUCUGACAUAAUCUCCAUCAACUUUACAGACAGCCGUUUAGCAAAGACACAGAUCAACAAAUAUGUGAUGGAGAAAAGCAAGAAAGAAAUAGUGAACAUUGUCAAGAACCUGGAGAGUGACACAUUCCUGGCUGUGGUGAACUACAUUAUCUGGAAAGCCAACCUCACAGCCUACUUCAUCAUACCUGAUAUAGGGAAGAUGCACAAGGUCGAACAGCGUCUGACUUACCCACACUUCCGCCGGAUGAGACGACAAUUAUCACUAAGGCUGGUUGAUUUAGAGACACCAGAGCUGUCAUUGUUUGAGACCCAUGACUUGGAGUCAGUGAUGAACCUACUAAGAAUCGCCUAUGUUUUCAACAGUGGCGCCAACAGCUCAGUGGUCAUGAAUGACACACUUCCUAAGUCCCUCAAGGUGGUAAGUAAGGCCGUGCUGACCAUCGAUGAAAAGGGGUUAAAGCCUGGUACAAACUCAUGCUUUAAAGUGGAUGAAUCAACUGAGAUAGGUCAUCGGAUCCAGUUCAACAGACCUUUCCUAAUCUUCAUCCAGGAUCACACAAAUGAUGUCCCCCUCUUUCUAGGCAGAGUGGUCAAUCCCAAAAACUAACUACUCUUGGAAAUCAGUGUCUCUCCCAAGAACCAUGUUCCCUUCUGGGUAAUAUUAAACACGGGGUAGUUUCACCCAUGCCUGAGUGCAAUCAGCAAAGCCCUCUCCUUGUGGUGUCUGUGUCUUCCUGUGUCCCCCGAGGUAUGUGGGGUCUCCAGGUCACAAUGCAUCGCAGCGUCUCCUGCAUCUGUGUUUAGGAGAUCCCCAUGAGGUCCCAUCUCCAGCACUGAAGGGAGAGGGCCAUGUCCCCUUCUGGUUGUACUGUGCCUGGCCUUUCUCACUAGAACUUUCCUGAGAAUGGCUGGAGGAAAUAGUUGGUAGAACUCUUCUUCCUCAGGACUGGAGCAGGACCCCAGCCUCUGUCGCUGUCAUUCCUUCCCUGCCAGAGGGGACUCACAAACCCUCUAAUGAACAGAGAGGUCUCUGUGAUUUCCCUCUAGCUUCUCCUGCCAAUCAGGCCACUGGGCACAAAGCCGCUUACUUUAUUCCCCUUGUCCUUGCUGACUGAAGCCAUGCUGUAUGAAUGGCUCUAAAACAUCAUAAGGAUAGAUACCUACAUGAGAAGGACACCUUUACUUUCCCUAGGUCCCCCUGAGAUCUUCGUGAAGUCAUAUUCACCUGACCCUACCCCAUCUCCAAGCUCUCAAUGUAGUAUUUCAAGGAUAAAUAUAAAUCUAGUGCUUCAUAGUAGAUCUCAGGAUUCACCCUUGUCAUCAGGACCAGGCAGUCUGCCCCAGCCUCCUCAAUCCUUGUUAUGCCCACCCCCCCCCCCGAAGAACUCCAAGAAUUGCUAGUCCUAUGCAACAUAAGAAAAAAGCCUUUACUCGAGUCAGAUCACAAACCUCUCCCACUGUGCAGGUUAGAAAUGUGAUGCUCGCUGCUCAAGUGCAGGACUUGGGGUUUUUUUUAUACAUGCAUAUGCAUAAUCAGGGAUCCUUGGGCCUUGGGGUUAUGUGACAGGGGAGGUGACAAGAGGAAGCCAUCCAUCAAACCUGAUGUUGUUUGUUCAGACAGUACAGAAUUGUGCAGCUGGGAGGGGGGACUCUUCUGACCUGGGAAGUAGCUAUCAGGAGCUAGUGUGUUUUUACAAACUGGCCACCGCUGUCUGGGAACACUUAAUUGCCCUUCUCUCAUGGCCCAAGGAUGGGGCACUUACCUUUUCAAGGAUGUUUGGUCCUUGUUUCUCUCAAGGACAGGAGCCAUCUGCACUGGAAAAAUAUGAGUUAUCAAGGAGAGUGCCAACCUGCGUGACACAGAGACUGGGAUAUGUUGCCUUUUGUCUGUUCCCAAAGCUGGCAUCUGCUGCUCCCCUGGUGGGGGGGGGGGGGGGGAGGAGAGGUGUUGGAGGGAUUGUUAGGGGGAAUAAGGGAGCACCACCAUGAAAGGGGGAAUUGCAAUAUUCUGGCACCAGGCUGGGCCUUCUCUGUUCGCCCUUUAUGAAAGGCUGGAGGCUCUAUGCUGGGAGAAGGGGGGAGGGGAGGGGAGUGGUGGGAAAGUGCAGAGGCAACUUUCCUGAGUUUCUUCUCCCUCCGCCUUGCUAACCGCCCCCACAGCAGGCAGAAUCCUCUUCCCAGGAAAUGCCCAGAACACUUCUGUGCUGUGGGAGUGCUGCCUACUUCAAGCUCAUCUGAAGAUCCCCAUACCCCAAUCCUAACUCCCUGAAUAAAGGUGGACAGAAAGC